UGCAAGUAGUUUUUUUCUCAAACUCACAAAGCUUCGCUGAGAUAAGAGUUCAGUUUGUGUGACAGGAGCUGGAAAGAAUGUGGUUAUAGGUUUAACUGCUCCUGUUUAGAAAACGUCUAAUGGGUUACGUUUGAACGUUAUUAGUCCCUACAUCCACCAACAAGAUCGGUAAAAAACUGAAAGGUGUGUUUUAAACAACCAUGCCGACCAGCAACAGGAAUUCGGAAGCAGACGCUACCAACGCAAGACGAGCUCCUCUGGCGUCCAUCUCUGAUUGCGAGGCUCCGCCGGACAAGGGGCUUAUAGAAAGGGAGGGUGCACCAUGUGUGCCUCGAUGGGAUGCCAACUUAUAUGCCACAAAGAAAAGUGUGGCACAAGGAAUGAUGGACAUAGCCUUGUUAACAGCGAAUGCUUGCCAGUUGAAGUAUGUGCUGCGUGAGGAAGAAGAGAAUAGCAGAUUUUUUUUUAUUCAAUAUCAGCUGCAUCGGAAUUUCCAUCAGCCUGCAGGUCAUUGUUGGAAUUCUUCUGAUCCUCAAUACACGUUAUAAUAUAAACUUGACUUCACAGCAACAAAAGGCAGAGCUUUUGAACAAUUUGACAAUUAUUGGCAUUUUCUUAAUUACGAUUGUCAAUGUGUUCUUGUCAGCAUUUGGAACAUCUAAAUGAUGUCACAGUUUCCCGCCUAACUUCCACUAAAAGAUUGAAUUGUACUGUUUCUGAAACUACCUGUACAAAAAAAAGCACGUGGGCAAUUUUGCCAAUGAAAAAAAACUAACAAUCCAAAAAACCAAAUAGCAUUGUUGACAAGCGAGUAUUGAAAAUGUGGAAUUUUAUUCUUUUACGGCAAUAUCUUGAAAACGCAGCAAGCUAACAUAUCUUUGAUGUUUCUUGACUAUAUUGUGUGACAAUGUAACUUGAUAAAACAAUUAAUAGAAUCAUUUUCCCCAGAAGAUCAUACUGUUUCCAAAAUACUGAUCGAGUUUCGAAUAUUGUAGUAUGAAAAUUCUGACGAGUUCAUAUCACGUUUCUACAAUGGUGCUUCCACAACACCAGGAGAAUAGACAUUCCCCGUGAUUAGUUUCUCAUGUUCCUGAAACAUACAAAUGGUUAUGUCAUCAUUUUUUAAGGGCACUUGAAAACUAUCGGUUCUUGAUAUUUGGAAAUCACAUAAGUUCACAAGAGAAGUUAAAACACUGGUCAAGCAAA